AUGAUCAGCCUGCAUGUAUUGCUCUGGAACCUGGUCCUGCCCCAGCUUAUAAAUGCCCCCAACUCUGAAGAUACCCAGUGCCGUCUGGAUGUAGCGGAUCUGGAGGGAAUAACACAGACUGGAGAUGUGAUGAUUGGAAUUGUGCUACCUUUUCAUCUAUUCUAUGAAUACAAGCUUAACACCUUCACCAAGAGACCACCCAGGUCCACCUGCUCAAAGUUCAGUUUUGAAUACUUCCAGCAGCUCCAAGCGAUGUUGUUUGCCAUAGAUGAGAUCACAAAGAGUCCAACUAUUCUUCCCAACAUCACGCUGGGCUUCCAGGUCUAUGACUCCUGUCUGGUGAUACAGCAAAGUUUAGAAGGUGUAUUGCACUCAUUGACAGGAAACGGGAUGGCUAUCCCCAACUACCGAUGUCUUCAAGGUGUCCCCCUAAGUGCUGUCAUUAGUCACCCAUCAUCCACACACUCUGUACUCCUGGCUCAAGUUCUCGGGCUCUUCCGCUACCCUCAGAUUAGCCAUUUUGCUACAAGUCCUCUCCUCAGCGAUAGAAAAAGGUUUCCCUCUUUCUUCAGAAACGUUCCUAGUGAUGCUUCCCAGGCCAGGGGCAUAGCCCAGCUGUUGCUACAUUUUGGUUGGACAUGGGUAGGUCUGCUGGGUUUAGACGAUGAUUAUGGACAGCAAGGCAUUCAGCUUGUCAAAAAAGAGGUCACCCAAGCUGGGGCAUGUGUGGCUUUUACUGAAAACAUAGUCUCCAAUCAACCUGACCUAAAUGCCCCACAUAUUGUCAACGUCAUAAAAAAGUCAACAGCAAUGGUGGUGGUUGUCUUCUCCCAGGACAUCGAGUUUGCUGUGGUACUGGCUGAAAUGGUGAGACAGAAUGUUACCCGAAGAAUUUUUGUGGCCAGCGAGACUUGGUCAACUUCUACCCUCUUCUCUAUGGGAACCCUUCAACAGUUUGUUUCUGGCACAAUUGGAUUAGCCCUCCACGGUGGGAUAAUCAUGGGAUUUAAGGAGUUCCUUACUAAAGUCCAUCCUUCCUCACCCUGGGGAGGAAAGUGGGUGAAGAUCCUGUGGGAGAAAACUUUCAAUUGUACAUUAAUGGACAAUAGCAAUGUCACGAGUGUUCCAAGCACUUCCAUCAAACUGUGUACAGGGGAGGAAAGCCUUGAAAGAGUUCAGAACAGCUUCACCGAUGUCUCCAACUUGCGAGUCACUUACAAUGCUUACAUAGCCGUACAGAUUGUAGCCAGAGCUCUGGAAGAUCUGAGAAGUUGCUCCAACAAUGACAAAUGUGCCAGUGUUUCCAGUUUCUAUCCAUGGCAGCUCCUUCCCUACAUGAAAAGGGUCAGGAUGAAACUGAGCAGUGGGAUGGAGCUUUACUUUGAUAAAAAUGAAGAUCCACCAGCAGUCUAUGACAUUGUGAACUGGUAUCUGAGUCAAGAGGGAACCAUUCAUCACUUCAAGGUUGGCAGUUAUGACACAACAGCAACUCCUGGUCAAGUAUUCAGAGUUAACACCAGCAUCAUCCAGUGGCCGACCGGAGAGCAACAGGUCCCCCAAUCAGUGUGCAGUGAAAGCUGCCCACCAGGAUUUCGGAAGGCUCCUAGAAGUGGACAACCUGUCUGCUGCUUUCAAUGUGUGCCUUGUCCCCAAGGAGAGAUCUCCAACCAGUCAGAUUCCGUUGAUUGUCUCAAGUGUCCAUGGGAUCAGUGGCCAAAUCCUCAGAAAUCCAUGUGUCUUCCUAAGACUAUUGAGUAUCUGUCUUAUGAAGAUCCCCUGGGAGUAACGUUAGCAGUGGCCGCCAUUGUCUCCUCUCUGUUUCCUAAUGUCAUACUGAGACUUUUUGUCCUACAAAGGAACAGCCCCAUAGUGAAAGCUAGCAAUUACAGCCUGAGCUGUCUUCUCCUCCUCUCCUUGUCUUUGUGUUUCUUUUGUUCUUUGGCUUUCAUUGGACCUCCCCAAAGAGGGACAUGUCUCCUACGGCAGUCUGCAUUUGGCAUGAUUUUUACUUUUUGUGUUUCUUGCAUCUUGGCCAAAACCAUCAUGGUAGUCUUUGCCUUCAUGGCCACCAAACCUGGUAGCACACUGAGGAUAUGGACCAGUCCUUGGGUUUCAUUCUUGAUAAUAUUCAUCUGUUCCCUUUUACAAUUCAUUUUGUGCAUCUCUUGGGUGUCACUUGCCCGUCCAUUUCCAGAACUCAGCAGUAGAUCACAGUCAAGGCUCAUAAGUUUUCAGUGCAAUGAAGGCUCGACCAUAGCCUUCUGGGCCAUGUUGGGGUAUCUUAGUCUCUUAGCAUUCAUUAGUUUCAUUGUGGCCUUUCUAGCUAGGAGACUUCCUGACAGCUUCAACGAGGCCCAGUAUAUAACUUUCAGCAUGGUGGCCUUCCUCAGUGUCUGGAUCUCUUUCAUCCCGGCUUACCUUAGUGCUCAGGGCAAGUACACGGUGGCCAUGGAAAUUUUUGCCAUACUGUCUUCUAGUUGGGCAUUGCUGAUUUGUAUGUUUUUUCCUAAAUGUUUCAUCAUAUUGUUCAGACCAGAUAUGAAUUCCAGAGAAUAUCUCAUGAGGAAAGGUAAAACACCAUCUAAGUGA